GGAGAGACGAAGAGAUGCUCUGUUUGCUGAGAUAGCAUUCAAGCUGUGCAGAGGAUCUCUUCCCCCCUACCACCAACAGCAUGGAGAGUGUGCGUGAGCUGCAAAACCCGCUCUUGGCCAAGGCCAACGGACACCUUCGCAGCAGCUAUUCUUACCACCAGCAUCACAGCCAGGACUACUCCAGUCAUCACUGCCAAGGGAAACUGUAUUCCUACAUCUUCCAAAACGCUGGCAGUGCCAGGACUCACCAGCUGCUGGAUGCCAGUUCCCUGCAGCUGGCUGUUGAAGCCUUGUACGGCCCCAGUUUCAUCCUUGUGAAGGAUGAGACCACUCUCAAGGCCAAGGACAGCAAAACAGAAAGUUGUGAAACCACUUUUACAGAAAGCAAAGAGGCUCCAUCCGAAGCUCCUGAAAGGCACGAGGCGCAAGGGUCCUGCCUGGUAGAGAGUGACAUCCGCAUCCAAACUGUGUCCUAUGAGGUGGAGGAAGAUGAGCUCCAGGAGUACGAGAGCGACUCCUCCAGCGACAGCGAAAGCGAGGAUCAUUUCCUGAUGCUUCCCCCCAGGGACCACCUGGGUUUGGCCCUUUUCUCCAUGCUGUGUUGCUUCUGGCCCCUGGGGAUUGCUGCUUUCUACUUCUCCCAAGGGACCAGCAAGGCUGUCUCCAAAGGAGAUUUCCAUCUGGCCAGUUCAGCUUCCCGCCGAGCUCUCUUCCUUGCUGCGCUCUCCAUAACCAUCGGCACAGGAGUGUACAUCGGGGUGGUGGUAGCACUGAUUGCUUACCUCUCAAAAGGGGGCCAUGUGUAGCUGCCACCUGCAUGUCACUGCCAUCCCUGGCUGGGGCCCUCCUGGGAUUGAGCUUUCCUGUGGAGCACAGAGCACCAGUGCCUGCAAAGGCUGCUUGCACAGCCAGACCCUGGCAUGGAUGCACUAUGCAGGUUUUUUCUCCUUUCAGAGAAACAGUAAAUCCCUGUUCUCUCCAAGGCUGUAGCGUGCCACCAUCCAACAACAGGGAAUUGAGAACCAGUCUGUCUGCUGGGACCAGGAGGAGCACAUUUGCCUGAUGGAAGAUGUGCAUGCUGCUACUGGGCUGGUGCCACCACCCCUCAUCUGGGGCCACAGCUUCCCUUCUCAGCCCUGUAGCUGGGAGAGCCAUUGCUGGUGCCCAAGCUUGGCCCACGAAGAGGGCACACAGGGAGGAGAGGGGAUAUGGGGCCAGAGAAUGACCGCUGUUUCUUCCAGGAGGCCCGAGUCCUGGUGGGGUCUCCAGACUCCUGUGAUGGGGACAGCAUUCUCACUUCAGCACCACGGGGUGGCACCUGGCUCCUCAGAUGCAGUGAAGUAGAAGGACAGAGCAUGAACAAGACCAAAGGGCAUGCUCUACACAUCCCUCUGCUCUACACAUCAGAUCCCUGAUCCACAGGAGAAAUCCCAGUUGCUGGCCCAUCCCAGAAGCAAGGAGGAAGGCAGGCUGGUGGUUGCACAACAUCUCUUCCAUUCCUGGUGCAGGCUGGUAAAGACAGCAAUGUUUUCUCCAUGUUAAUAAUGACUGUCAUGAUGAUCCCAAGUCUGAGCCCCCAUACAGUUGCCAUCCCAGAGUGCUGGGCCCUAAAAAGACUUGUAAUUGAAAUCUCUACUCAAGAAGUGACCUGGGAGGGGUGAAAGCCUGAAGGAUUCUACUCUUGGCACUAAGUCAGGGCCCUGCACACAAAGAAGGAUGGAAAGAAAAGGCUGACAUCACAUGCAGAGUCUGAGGUGGGAGUGCUGUUUGCAAGGGGAUGAGAUCCAGAGAAGGAAGAGACAUGGAGGGAGCCCAAGACACAGGGGGUGACCCCAACACACUCCUUCCCAUGCCUUGGAGAGGGAUAUCUCCAUCCUUCCUAAAGCCUCUGCUGACAAGGAAAUCCCCAGCAUCCCCACAUACAUCUUCCUUUUGCUUACUUGUAUAUUGUCAGACAUGUUAAGUACUUCAGAGGUGGGUAUGAAGGCAAUGGCUGCCCCAAAAAGGCAUUAAGAGGCUAUGCCUCACCCCCCACUCCCCAGCAUCCACCUUGACCAUGCCUCCUCUCCCUGGCCAUGGCUCCCCUGUUGCCUCUUUCCCUCAUGUGCAGGGGACUGCAGGCAAACUCUGGGCACCCCUCACCCCCUUCCCAAGGUUUCUGGGCAGGCUGCAGCCAGCUUUGCAAGAGGCACAACAUGUUCCUCCAGCUGGGUGCCAUUCAAAUGUACAUUUCAUACUAAAGAAGCAUGUUAAUGUCUGCAAUUGCUGUUGUACUUGAGCCAUAAAAGAGAGAAGCGCAUCAGAGACCUGUACAGAAGCUGAUCUGAAACUUCCCAUUGCGUUUUAUAACAUGGAAGAGCUAAUAAAAAAAGCAGGA